GUAACUUAUUUCGCUGGGAACCUUUGUUUUGUAGCCGCCGUUUCCCUACAUCCGGGGUAUCCUGCAGAGAGCCCACCGUAAUGCCGUGCAGAAACAAGUCUGAAGACUGCUGAAUGCAGGUAGAUUGGAAGGAAGCUUUGUCUCAAUGGAUGAGAGGAAGAUGAAAAGGAGGAGUCCCAAGUCCUCCACUAGUCACCCUCCACCUCUAGUGAAUACUAAGACAAAAGCUGUGCCGCCCAGCAGGAGCACUGGGUUUUCCAAUGUGCCACAGUCAGCCGGGCAAAAAACAAAGCUAAAAAGAGCUAUUAAAGAGAAGUCCAAAUCUCAGGGAGAAAGUAAAGGCGCUACCUCUGCAACUAUUCAGCACUCUUUCCUUACAGAUGUAUCCGAUGUUCAGGAGAUGGAGAAGGGUCUUUUGAGUCUCCUGAAUGACUUCCACUCUGGCAAGCUUCAAGCGUUUAGUAAUGAAUGUUCAAUAGAACAGAUGGAACAUGUUCGUGGACUGCAGGAGAAGCUGGCCCGUCUGCAUUUAGAUUUGUAUGGAGAGCUAGAGGAAAUGACAGAAGACAAGUGCAAGAUGGCCAGGGAUUCCAAUAUGGACAGACUUCUCUCUGAACUGGAAGAACUAAACUCAUCUAUACAAAAACUUCACCUGGCAGAUGCCCAAGAUAUCCCAAAAACCACAGCUAACUGAGGACAUGAGAUGUCCCAUGCUUAUUGAGCGCCAUAUAUCAUGUGUCGUUGCUAACAGUAUUCCGAACAGUGUGUCCAUGUCAGUAAAGCUGUUUUGUGAAAUGAUCCAUUCAUAUCUUCCAUACCUCAGAGAUAAUUGAACAUGGGCUCUUUCAUUCCCAGUUUGUGAAAUUCCAUUUUUUAUGGGCCGUGGACCUGUUAAAUAUUCAGUUGAAUGCAUUCCUUUUUCUGUUAUGGUGCAUGUACAGAGAAGCCUCUGCACAGAAGUCCACCGUAUCGUUGGUCCACAUACGUACGUGGAGAGUUUGAUAAACCUGAUGCCUGUACUGUUAUAUAUAUAUAUAUAUAUGGGUAAUGGAGUGCUGUUCUCUUUGGGGAAUGGCCAUCCCAGCCUAUAUGUCCUUGUUUACAUGCUGACAAUCAAUUGCUACUGUGUAUCUUGAGAUUUUCAUGGCAUAGGUGCUGGUCUUUUAAUUUGCACACUGUGCUGCAUCCAUGGUGUAUAUAGUUUCUAAAUGUAAGCAGAGAAAUACAGACUUUUAUGUGAUUGUUUCCACCUCUGGUUUAUUGCAGGUUUGUUUUCUUUGGAUAUUCAAAGGUUAUUCCCAUCUGGGACAUUGAUAGCAUAUUGUUAGGAUUUGCCAUCAAUGUCAGAUAGGUGCCGGUAGCCCCCCUAGGACCCGCUCAUAUCUUUAGAAUGGGGACUCAGAAAAGAAUCGAGAGCUGCCACGCAUGCGCAUCCACCUUCUGUUCACCGCUGUGGGAGUUAUGAAUAUAGCCAAGCAUGCUUGCUCAGUUAUUUUCGGCAGUACCAUUGCGGUGAAUGGAGAGGUGGCCGCACUUGUGCAGGUUGCUCAACUAUUUUAGGAAGUCCCACAGCAGUGGAUGUAGAGCAAGCCAUUUAUACGUGAUUUGUUAUUCUUCACUUCAGGGCCCCGUUCUGAACAUAGGAGCUGGUGAGGUGGGACCUCAAGUGAAUGGCAUAUCUUAGUCUGAAGUAAUGGCUUAUCCUCGUCUGAAGUAAUAGCAUAUCUUCGUCUGAAGUGAAUGGCAUAUCUUAGUGAUAUACCAUUAAUGUCCUGGGUGGGAAUAUCCUUUUAAAGUCAAUUUCCUGCAAAAACAGAAAAUGGUCUUGCAGUUGGGGUCACCAGGUCCCUGUCCUUCCACUGUGGUCUGUGGUGAGUAAUUGUUAAAGGGAACAUGAUGUCUGAGUUGAAGCAACAUGUUACGGGGCAGAUUGAGCUGAGCAAAUUGAUUAUAUAAUGGGUCAUUUAUCAAGUAGGUGUAAAGUAGAACUGGCUUAGUUGCCCAUAGCAACCAGAUUCCUUCUUACAUUUUCCAAAGGAGCUUACUAAAAUGAAAGGUGGAAUCUGAUUGUUUGCUAUGGGCAACUAAGCCAGUUCUACU